CGCGAAGACUCGCACUUGUCGGACGCACACUUGUCGGAUAGUGGACAACUAUAUGCAAUUAUGUAGUCGUUUUGGUAGGAAAAUAGAUCAUCCAGCAUCCUUCUUAACUGUAUGUCUUUGAUUUUCGUCGACGUCGUGCCUCGUAACUGAUUCUACUAUUUAUUUUUCAGAACCUAACACCCUCCAACCAAACUCCUGCCAGACUGUGAUGUAGGCACUAGUAGCCACUUUCUAACUUCCAGUAAAAAUUAUUUUGCACAACAUGCUGCAUAUGUUGCGAUUGUAAUGGGCAGCUUUUAAAGGAGAAGCUCCUCUCACAGUGGAGUUUGGAGUUGCUCGGAGUUCCACACGCCACCUCCAGCAGCAAGAGCUGCAGCGCCUGCUACAGGACGCGCAGCUCGUGAGAAGGGACACAACCCUCAGGGUGAGGAGCGCGGCCGUGAGCAAGGACACAACGCUUACAGGUUGAGAGGUUCUGGGUGUGUGAAGUCCUGACAUCAAUAUGUCAGCAUUAAAGCCAGUUGAUGCGGAGCGGAAGUCGAAGUUUCCUUCGCUCUACGGCAAAGAAAGCGCUGCUGCAAUAAUAGAAAGAAAAGAACUCGAAUCUUUGGACGUACUACGGAUGAUAUUGUUCAUUUGACGUUGUCGCUUUUGUACAACUAUGCUUUACUUGUCAUGAGAGAACAAAAUCCGUUCAAAUCCUCGUUCUCUAGGACGUCCUCAUACACACGGGAAGAUGUUGCUUCUGAUCCUUGUCUUUUCCAACUAUCUACUCUACAAAUACAGGUCGAGCCAGGACCGGGUGCCUACUUCGGUCCGGAUUCGAGCGGAUUCAAUGCUCUCGGUGGACAGCGGUUUUCAAGAUGUAGAUCUGAACCAAGUGUUAGUUUCGCUAGAACAGGUUGGAAUGAUUAAGGCUCAACUUUCAAUGGUCACCAUUUAGAUUGGAGUCACUGAGAUCGAAGAGGCGACCUCCCCUUCAGAGUAGAACAGCGGAAAUAAAUGAAAGAAAAAGGGAGAGCUUUGAAGGGGGUCGCUGCCGUUCAGAGUCAGUGACCACUGAUUGCUGAGCUUUAAAAUGAGUGGAAAGGGGUCUUCGUUACGAAGCAGCAUCGUCCUGCGAAUGCAGGAGGUGACGUGCCUGGAGCGGGAACGUACUUAGAAGUGCUUCGGGUUGUUAGUACUUAGUAGAAGUACGACGUGGUAGAAGUGCUUUCUAAGUAAUAGGUAAUUAGUCUAAGCAACUAAUAGAUUUCCCAAAAACGCUCUGACAGAUACUACGACUCCAUUGACCAAUUGAGUACUAUGAACGUGGAAAGUGGUGUGGAAAUGCCAAAAGCGAACAGAUUUCCCAAAAAAGCUUAUUCCAGUGCGUCACCAGGGCCAGCGUAUGACGUUCGUGGCAAACACGCAAAGGACGUCACGACACUGACAAAGUAAGACACUUAGUUGUACAAAGUAUUUUUUACAAGAGUUUUACUUUUAUGAAUGCGUUAUUACGACACAUCAUACCUAGAAGAACGACAGAUAUUUGGUGCGACUCGUAUUUACCUCGACACAUACAACUAUACAUUUCUAUGUCGAAUUGCUUUCAGUCGAUCUCCAUUGAAGCAGAUCCUCAUAAUAUUAGAAGUGCUUUCUACUAGGUAGUACUUUUUACAAUUAUCUAGUAAACGAGCUGAACCAUGAUCUUCAGGAAAAACAACGCAGCUCGAUUUGGGAAAGCAGAGAGGUUUGAGGGAACACGGGCUGCCGGACUUUCAGGCAAUAUAGGACCCGGGCAUUACGAUAGAAAAGACUCAGCAAUAAAACUCGGUAUUUUGUUCCGUAAUUGUCUAGUAUUGUCUAUUGUAGUUGUUGCUGUUGCCGUACUGUAGUGACGAUCAAUGUUCAACUUAUCAGAGUUGCUUGAUGUCGUUUGUCACAAUGAGAUGAGAAAUUUGAACGUUGAUGAAUAGCGUAAUCCAUGUUUGCUGAGAUUUUGAACUUUGCUUUUUUUACACGCUGAACUACACAUCAUUGUUAUGACGAAAUCCACUCCUUUCGGAUAAUUCUGAUGCAACCAAACCUGUCGUCCAUGAUAAAAUCAAACCCGACUCCAAUCUGCACCAGAUUACGCUUCCGCGAAGUCAUUCGGACUAGGUUAUGAGGCGUAUCAGCGAGUCAUAUGUCCAGGAUGGGAGAAAGCGGGUCAGGGCAAAGAAUCAAAGGGUCCCGGGCCACCCCUGUGGAGAGAUCCGCUCAGUGGUAUUGUACAGUAUUUAUAGUGAAUAACAUUGUUAUACCAUUGCUUUGUGCAAGCAAAGAUUUCAGUUGUUGGCUUUUCUUGCAAGUCCCUGGCUGGAAAAGUCGAGAUUUCUAUUGUCCUCUUGUCACUCUUUCAACUCUCAUGGCUGCCAUUCACAUUUCCAUCAGCCAAAGACGUGAAGACUCACUUGAUCCCGAAAGCGAAUCGAUGGGCAAAGAACAGGGCCAACGAGGUUCCAGGUCCAGGCGCCUACGACAGGGAAGAGCAAGACUGUUGCCGUGUCACGCUUGAUUAAGGCUCAAAAUGGUUCAUCCGUAAGGGCAUCCCUGAAAAGUAUUCAGCCUACUGAGUUCUUCCCCAAACGAACCUAAUGAUAUUCCUCAAGGAUACUACCUCUUGCUAGGUACAUGAAUGAAAGGAUGCAAGUAAAUGAUGCACUAUGGAGAGGUCUAACACAAGGGAUGCUCGCUGGCACAGGUCGCCAAUCCUACGAGCAUCAAGUUCGGGAAGCCAAGCACGAAGCCCCGAUUUCGCCAGAAGCUCUUGCUCCAGUGCCACAAUGCUGGAUGGGGAUACUUCUAG